UUUGCUGCGGUUAUGGAAAAGUGGCCAUUGAAUUAUGACUAGACGCUAUAAGAUUCGGGACUUUUGUUGAGGAGAGUUCUGAAUACCGGCCUUUUUUAGUUCCUCAACUAUUACUCAUUAGCGUUUUGGUUCUGCCUAGGCUUGGCUGUUGUUUUCCCUCUUUUCGUCUUCAGUUCACAUAUAAAUUUACCCUCCAGUCUUGAAGUUUUGGUUUGAUUUUGCUUUGCUAGUUGAAUAGCGUUCGAUUUUUGGCAUGCCGCAUUUACUCCACCACAGAAGACGCCACUCCUGGCCCUACUGCGGACCGGGACCCCGUCGCAACGCAGCUCUCACGCGAGUUGUCGAGCAGCAGAAUCAGCUCGAACAGCAGUUCCUCACCCCACUCGUCUCGGGAGACUACCUCGAAGACGACGCCGCAUCCGCUGGGAUCAUCCGUCCCAAAGACCGCUGGUCCCACCAUCGCAUCUGGCCCCAUUCCAAGGCCCCCGUCGCAAGUGGGCAGCUCCCAAACCCUAGCUCCGGGUAUAGCUAUGGUUCUGGCUCUCUGCGGCGCAUGGUACGGCCGCCGUUGGAUAAGGCGCGGUCGCUUUUCGUCCUGCCUACGACGUGUACUGCUGGGGAGAAUGUGGUGAAUUCGUACUGGGUCCCGCAGCAACAUCCUGUGCGGCCGAUUGCUGCUGAUAGGGGGAGGGAGCUUUCUAGCUUACCUAGCCAUUUGGAUGUUGAUCGAAGCCAUCGGCGGUGUCAUUCGGAGCAGCCGCGGUCUUGGAGGAGGCCGAGUGCGAGUCUGUGGACGCUUACCGAGGAGUGAUCUCUGGACACUUGGUUUCGGUUUCCUUAUUCUAUAGCUGGUCGGUUUGUUUGUUUCUUUAUUUAUCAUUGCCACAUUUUUUUCGGCUGGGUUUUUGGUCUUCGUAUUCACAUGGUUCUUGGAGAUUGCAAGGGUGUGGAGUUGAACUGCAUUACAUUUGGGCGGCAGCAAUACUAGUAGCAUAAUGGGGAGGCGUUCAAAUUGCAUUUCGAGCUAAACAACUUGGGGAGGUGAAAAGAGAGAAAAUAUAAAAACAAGAGAUAUUUAACUUCUUAAUGAUACAAAUCUAGAAUUCACACAUGAUGAGUUGAAGCUAUUCGUAAUGUAGUUAGUUCUACCCCGGU